AUGACUCUUUCAGGAAACCCCAGGGAAACAUUGCCACUAGUUAAAUGUGUGGCAAGAGCCCGCAUUCCAACCACUACGGGUCCAGAUAUUUUCCUGCACCUGUACGCUAAUGACAGAGACAAUAAAGAACACCUGGCCAUAGUAUUUGGCGAGGAUAUACGUUCAAGAACCCUGUUCCAGCAGAGAAGAGGUGAAACUCAACAAGACCGAAUGGUCAGAGGCGCAUACGUUGGUCGUCUUUUCCCCGGUAGAACGUUGGCAGACACGGAUGAGAACUCGGGACUCACUCUGGAGUUUGACGAAUCCACAGGCACACUAAAAGUCGAUCCCAAGACAACCUGGACCAAGCAGGACACACUGGUUAGGAUCCAUUCCGAGUGUUACACUGGAGAGACUGCCUGGAGUGCCCGAUGCGACUGCGGUGAGCAGUUCGAUCACGCGGGUAAACUGAUGGGGGUGGAUCGUGAGGGAGAUAUUGUAGGCGGUGCCGGGCGUGGCGUUAUCGUUUAUCUCAGACAGGAAGGACGAGGAAUCGGUCUAGGAGAAAAAUUGAAAGCUUACAACCUUCAGGAUUUGGGGGCAGACACAGUACAGGCGAAUUUGAUGUUACAGCACCCAGCAGACGGGCGCGAUUUCUCUUUGGGACGUGCAAUUUUGAUUGAUUUGGGUAUCGAAAAUGUACGGCUUUUGACCAACAACCCGGAUAAGGUAUCGCAAGUCGAAUACCAACCUGUCUUACACUGUGUGGAAAGAGUACCUAUGGUUCCACUAUCGUGGACAAACGAUCAGGAAGGAAUUCACUCUACAGAGAUCGAAGGCUAUCUUAGAACGAAAGUAGAGAGAAUGGGUCAUCUGCUUCAAAAGCCUCUCAAAUUGCAUUCGAUGACCAAGCCAAAUAAUUCGACAACAAUAACGACACACUCAAUAGUGUAG